GCUCGACCCAAUGCUGUACCACAGAGUUUUCCUCAAGAGCGACGCGCGUGCGAGGUCAUUGACCGGUAAGUGAAUUUCUUUGUUUUUCUCUAGUAAGGCCACCACUAGUACCACCAUGCGUUGCAUUAAAUGAUGUAAGACCAUAUCAUUUAACGCAAUCACUUAAUGGAUUGUUCUCAAUUUUGUUUUCAUUUAUAAGGCAGCUGAGUCAGACUGCCUGGGCAUUUCUAAAGCAGGAUUUUAUUGGUAUUUUGUUUUAGUGGGGCUUCCAAUAUGCGCAGUCUCCUUUCUUAUUUUAAAACAUCCGAGAGAUUUCAAAGAAAAUUGAUUUGCUGGCUUGUUUGCUAUAUGGCUGCGUCUUAUGGAGAAGCGAUUUGAGUAUAUCUUUUCUGGUACGACAGAAAAAAAAAAAAAUAGUUUGGUCAAAAAGCCAUCAGUAUUGCAACAACGUAACUAUCUCUAGGCAACGGUAAGUGGUUUUGUUAAUGAUAUAUGUUCCCAUUUCACGUUGAUAUAUGUUUUCUUCUGUAUAAGGGAUAACCUAUAACGACCUAUUGGUGCAGUGCACACACAGGAAGAAAUUAUUGCCAUUCAGUCGUUAUGGUAACCGUUUAUGGUGUUCCAUGUUUCCAUAACCUGGCGCGCAGUUUGAUGUACCUUAGCACUCGAUAAAUACGAGCCGUCAUCCAGUUCAUGGUCAGUUUCUGUCCUAGAAGCUUGUCAGCGUUUUACAUUUGGAGCUGGGCUUUUUGCAGUAUUUUUUAGACGAUGGUUCAUUCAAAACCAAAUAUUCCGGUCUAUCAAGAUGUAAUGUUUCUGUUUAGAUUCAUCUCAUUUACAGGAGCUUCAACCUUCGUCCCUUAUGGAGAAGGAAUGCAAAAUCCACGAAUAUCCACAGUUUUGGUUAGGAUUCUUCAGCAAAUCACUUGUUUAGCUAUCUUCCUGUUGCUACUAGCGAUGUCCGUCUUUGAGUUUAUCCAAUUUGUUACUGUGAUCGUGAAAAUGAAAAAUAUAGGCGAAGUUAUUCCAAACAUUAUAUGGAUAACAUCUUUCCCGCUUGCCAUGGGAGCCCAAGCUUUUUACAUCUUCCAGAGACCAAAACUUCUAAAAUUCUUUGAGAACUGGCAAGAUAUCCACACGAUGUAUUCCGAAAGCAAUGACCACGUUACUGAAAGACAAACACGACCACGCAUGUAUAUCAUCUACUUGUUAACAGUGUGUACUUCCGUAGCGAUGGUCAUGGUACUCAUCUUAGACUUUCCCAUUCUACCUUUUUUGCCGUCUACGUACGAACCAUUGGCAGCCAUCCCCUUGCACACUAACAAUUUAUAUCUCACCUGCGCUGUGUUUGGUGUGUCGCUCUUCUACGCCUGGAAUCUUUCCGCUGCUUCGGAUCUUGUGCCGUCAAUGAUCUAUUUUCAUCUCGCUCUUGCGUUGAAGAAAACUGGCGAAUUUCUUAAAGAACCACAAAAUAUCCUUGAUUCUCAAACUAUAGAGAACAACUGCAAGAAUUUAGAAGUGGAUGAAACCAACUUUAACAGUCAUCCGUCUGCCGUCAAAGGAUCUCAGGAUAGCAAUCAAGUGAUAUGGCAAAAAGGAUGGCUCUAUUACGAAGCUAUUCGUAAAUUGAUCAAUGAAAGUAACUCCCGAUUUGGAUCAAUGCUUCUUCUCAAUCAUGGAGCUAUGUUUUUUGUAGCAAGUUCUAACGUCUUUAGUAUCUUGCGAUGGUAUCGAGGAAUGUCAUGGCUUCUGCUGCUUGUCAAUGGAAUGAAUGCUAUUGCCACAAUUCUCCGCUUCAUUACUACGAUUCUGCUUUGUAGUAGGUUGUAUGCUGCUGGUGAACAUCUUCAAUCGAACAUUUGUCGGUUUCUUGCUGUAACAUGGUUCCGAUUGAAACCCGACGAGCGGCAGUUUUUCACUGCUUUUCUCGUUCGUGUUCAAGACGAUGGAAUUGUAGCUUCUCCUCUGGGGCUCUAUCCCAUACGGCCGUCAAUUCUUUUGGCUUUGCUUUCCCUUAUGGUUACUUACCUCAUUGUACUGCUUCAAUCUUCCGAAGUCUCGACGUUUUCUGAGUAUGGAAAUUUUACCGGGCUUAUUACUGGCACACGUUUCUACAAUCCAUUAAAUGUUUAAGCUAACUCUGUCAGUGUAAAAUCUACGAAGGAAACUGUUUGUUAUAUUUAGUCCCUGUUUAUAUUUAGUUAGUUUAAAACGUUGGUAAUUUUUCAUUUAGGUGUCUAUUGGAUUAUUCUUCGUAAGCAAGAAUGAUCUAAAGAUAUUUUCAGUAAAAGAUUAUGAUCUCUUUUCCCGUGAGCGGACUGAAGUCUUAGAAGGCAUUAACUAUGGUUUGUAAAGAAAAUUCCCGUAAGUGAAUGCUAUCAACUUAUUAUUGAUGUUAAUCUAAACGUUUCCCAAGGUUCACGUAAAUGUCUUGAUCGAGAUCAUUUUAAAAUUUUUGGUAUCACUAUAUUUAAUGAAAAUAUAUAUUAUUCAUUUUUAAUCAAAUUUUAUGACUUAUCCAGCAUUUUAUGACGCUUCCAACCUUCUUUACAAGUCGAAUUACUCCAGUGGAUGAUUGAUAUGCUUUGCCCGCAAGAAAUCAAUAACAGCACUCCGAUAGAUGGAACCCAUGGAUGGAAUAUAGCUGACAUUAGUUAGCAAAAAAUGACAUAAUAGUAGACUUACACGCAACAUGGCUUUUCAAAACAUUUUAUUUUAUGACGAUCAGCACAUCAAAAGAGGAAGUCUCAAAAUUUCGACCAAAAACUUAGUGGUACUUCAAAUGCGGAUAUCAACAGACAAGACGAUAGGAAAUGUAGCGCCCUGCAGUUUCACUAGGUCGAACGAUUUUCACAACCUGUUAAGUAAAUUUAUUAUAAUAUAAAUAGUCUAAAUAUUUCACUCCCCUCCUUUGUAGAUACCUGUCCUCUUUUAAGUCCAAAAUACCGCGCAACGGGGUCCCCCAUUUGAAUUCGCAUCAGUUGAUUUUCUUUAAGUUUAUAACGACCUAGAAGUUCUUGUUUUUCCUCUG